GGAGGAGGGAGUCCAGAAACUCGUUUGUCGCGGUAUGGAUCGGGAGGAGCUCGUUGGCUUGGGAUGAUAGGCCGAUGACGCUGCAGGCUGGUGGGACUCCAACGAACCACGCGGGGGUAAGGAAGAUUCUUCGGCCUCGGGCGGGGAUAUAAGAGGAGGAUCCCGAGCCGCGAAUGACGCCGUUUCCGACACGGUCGACGAGUUAAGAAGAUAUGAGAGACGAGAAGGAGGAGGAGACACGGUGACAGGAAGGGCCGUCGUGGCGAAGGUUGCUCAGCGAAGAAAAGUAACAAUGAAUCGAUGAGCGAAAGUUUCGGGACGCUGAUUGGUGGGUGGAAGACAGAAAGGGGCUCCAAGGCAAGGGUCACGAAUCGGUCAAUGCGCGACAUUAGUCGCUUGUAUGCAACGUUAAGUAUGUACUUGUUUGUUGUGGUCCUUGAAGAAAAUAGUGAGAAAAGAAGUGUGUUGACGUGGAUUCAACUUUUUUCAAUCGUUUCUUCUCUUGGGGCCAAUCUAUAUGGAGUAAGUGGUGUAUGGGUCGACUCUCUCUGUACCUUUCAGUAUGAGCCCAUUUCCCCCAAAAAAGAGAACAACCUGAACAGGAAAAAGAAAAGAAAAGAAAAGAAAUUUUUUUCACAUAGACGAGAAGUCAAUCGGGCGACAGAUAUGAGACCGGAUCUCAAUCUCUUAAAAUCUUUAUUAAAUAGGCAUCCUCCACAAAAUCCUAGCAGCUCAAAUCCACCCCUGACGAAACAAUAAAUAGAUCAAUAGCCCAACGGGAAAAGUAAGGCUCUCAAAUCUAAGCCUCCAUAGGAAAAACAAAUCUUUUUUCCUCCUGCUCUCUCUUAGGGCAUGAAUAUCACGGGAAGAGAGGGAUAGCAGGGGAAACAGA